GUCAUUACGGUAUGGGAUGUCCUCGUUGCUGUUAGCUACGCAAUGAAGGGAAUAUGCGAAUCGAUUCAUACGCAGAUGACCCCUCAGUUCGCUAUUCAUUCGACAGCUGGGUUGGCCCAUUCGUUCUCCUACUCUGUUUUGGACAUUGCGUCGACCCUUCCAAGCUCCCUUCUGCUCCCCACACGUAACCAGACCAUAAUGCGCCCCACCACCCUCUGGAAUAGCACAAUCAAAGUUACGCCAUCCCUCCGACAGACUCAAGGUGUGGGCCUACUGGAAAGUAUUGUCCACCAAGAAGUCAAAUACCACAACAGGGUCCAGGAGCCGGCCAUAUCCAACUGGUCGAACGGUAAUCUCAUCAUAAUUACCAGCCUUCAAAACCCCCUCUUAUCCCCCUCGUAAUUCCCUCCUUUCCCCACAUCAACCCUGACAUCUUUUUCACCGACAUCUAAUCUUUUUCACUCGAGAAGAAUAAUGGCCGUUGUUUCGAAACCCCCCUCUUCACACCUAUCGAGAUCCGAGCACGGGCCCGAUCCCGAUCUUCUUGCGUCCUCUCUCGCCGACUGGCAUCAAGCCAUGGACAGCGGACAUGCACGCACGCAGCCAGUCCCAAUCCCGCGACCCCACGGCCAGCGCAGCAGAGCGUUCCUGGCCGAAGAAGACCCGCCGAACUCUAAGUCCGUCCCCGAUUCGAGCCCGAAAUCUUCUCCGACUAGGAUUUCUUCCUUCCGCCAGCGGUUCGGUCCCAGGAAACGAAAGCGAAGCGCCGACGGCGAAGCCCUCAAGUUGAAGCUCGCCUCAUCCGCUCCCGCCGCCGCCGGGUUUCCCUCCGACACCACCACCGCCACCACCACGGAGCUGCCCCCGGAUUCCGUCAAGGAUGGGUUCAGCAGAGCUCACGUUCAGGAAGCUCGGAUGAACCUGAAUGCCAUCUGUGAAGCCGCGGAGGCGGUAUCCGCGAGAGUAGCCGCUCUCGUUGAUGCGUGUGGGCAGAGAAGGAGACGCCAACUUGUCUCUUGCCCUGUGUCUCGUUAUGAAUACUGGAAGGGGGGGACUCGGUGCCCGAGAUGCCACAUUGAGGAAUUCCGGAAGCCGUUUGAUCUCAAGAAGUGGGCAGCGAAGAAGGGAGUAGCCAAGAUCGAAAUCUCUGCCGCGAGUGACGGAAAGUGUGAUCCAGCGUACGAAAGAGCGAACGACAAAGAGGGAGACAGCAGCACGGGCGAUGAAGAUAGCGAUCCGGAGCCGUUACUGCUGGCAAGGUGGCGCAAGAAGCCCAGCGCCGUCGCCGACUCCGUCUCCCUCUCCGCCAAGGAAGAAUACGAGAUCAUCGCGCAACACCUGCGGGAGUUCCUGCAGGGCGAGGUCAUGACGCGGGUCGAGAUGACGCGCGCCGGCGAGUACGAGCGGACACCCGUCAAGCCCCGACGUCGCCGCCGGGCAAAGCAAGCUGAACACAGCCCCUGGCAGACCGGCUUCUGCGAAGGCCCCAUCCUGUCAGCCAUGGACAUGUGUGCCCCAUGUCCGAAUAUGCUCCGCUCCUGCGAGGACUGUCCGUUCCCCAGGUGCGAGGCGACGGAAUACAGACCGCCCAGACCAACACCGCCCGGAAUCCCGUUCAGCUGCUUUGCUCCCCGCAACCCCCGCAUGUAUAAAAACGGAACGAAUAGCACUCCCUGCGGCAUCUCCUGCCGCCCGUGCGCCGAGACCGAUGUGUACCACGUUACCAGCGCGCACCUCGAGCUGUGCUACACGAUCGAGCGCACCAUCAAGCGCUCCAGCAUCAGCUUGCAGCGGAACAUGCUGAAGCUUUCCGAGCUGUGUGCCCUGGGUGGCACCAUCACCGAAAGCUUCGACGACAUCAAGAAGACGGUGGCGUACUGGCGGGAUCUUGACGAGGUCUUGAAGGACUGGGGCUGGGUGAUCGCUCGACAUCAACCCAAAAAUUGGGCGGAGGCUAGGGAAGCCUGCAGACUCGAGGUCGAGAAGGCGAGGAAUCCGACGGAUGAGAGUGUUCUCGAUGAUUGCGGGGCUUGGUUACUGCUACUGGGUCCGAAGAUGCAGCGGAUGGAUGCGAUAUUGGCGCAAGACGACGAGAUUCAGUUGCAUUGGGAAAUCCACUACCGGAUCCAGCAAAUCUACAGGCAGCAGGAGGUCGAUGUGGAAAAGGAUUGGCAGGAUGAAAAGAAGAGGCAGGGCUGGAAGAGCAUACCGACGAUGAAGCCCAGGAGGAUGUCUGUUAAAGAUGUGUCGACUUGGGCUUGGCGGAUUGUGACUGCAUUUCUGAAGACGAGAGGCGAGCGGGGGUAACAAGCUCAAGCCUGAAGCUGACGAGGAUAUGGCUAUCGAUUCUGACUGAGAGUGAUAUCCAGUGCUCGUCAAUAGUGCUUUCAGGGUUGUAUUGUACGCGGGCUCUCAUCCAUGUAAUGAUAAUGAUAAUCUUUGCUAGUAGUAAGAU